AUGAUGAUGGAGGCUUUAUCCUUUAAGAUAGAAAUUAAACUCGGAGUACUUCAGGCGUUUAUCCCCCAAUCAGGGGAACUCAUGGUUACUCUUAAAGAUGAGGACACAAGAAUUAAUUAGAAUCAGUCUAAGAUUAAUGUAGAUUUCAAUUGCAAGAGAACUUCAAUUAACUAGACUUAUACUUUCAUCUCGACUUUUAAGCCUAUUUCGCAUGGUUCCUACGAAUAGAGAUAUUUGUCAUUAACAUUUCAACUGAAUACAGAUGGUUCGAUGAAACCACUUGGUUUGAAUAGGUUGGAAAUGUCUUAAUUCCUAUAAAAUGGAAUGCUAGGCUAACCUCAUAACAUAAAUCUUAAAGUGCUGAAGUGCCCAUUUGACGUUGAUGCUCAAGUUAGUCUUUAGAUUACAUUUUUGGAAUAAGUGCAUCUCGAACGAAAUAGUGAUACGUCAUAUGUAAGCGAGACUUCGUCAAGAGUUAGUCAAAUGAGUGAUUUAAGGGGAUCGAUUGGAGGUGUAAAUAAUAACAAUGGUGGAGGCUAGAGGAGUUCUGUCUACAGCAGCAAUACAGCUCAUAACCCCGAAGGAAAUAAUCUGCAUUAAGAAAACCAGAAUGAAAACAGCACGAAAGUAUUGGCUUAGUCUAGAUCUGAGAAAAACAUAGCAGAGAUAAAAUUCAAUAAAGCUAACGUCAGAGUAUCAAAGUAAAAUGGUUCACCUGAUUAAAAUUAUUAAAAAUCUACAAGUCAGCCUACUUAAAUGAUCAAAGUGACUUAGAAGCAAUACCAGAAAAUGCAUCCUCACGAGAUGCCCCAACUUAAAAUAGACAGUUUAAUCAAGUCUCUGAACAAUGAAGAUUAAAAAAAAGAGAAUUUAUAAGAGAUGAGGCUAAUGCAAGAUCAGAUUCAGUAAUUACAAAAGCAAGUGUCAAUGUUUAAGUCUGAGAACGAUGAACUCAGAGGCAUUAAAUAAAAUCAAGACUUAUUGAUUGCUCAUCUUAAGCAGUAGAAUCUGCAGUUAUAAUCUAGUAAGAGCAAUGACUUAGAAACUCAAUAGUUAAGAGCCUAGUUAAAAGAUGUGACUGAUAAGUAUCAGCAUCUUUUGUCAAUUUUGAGAGACCAGUAAUCACAAAGCACCAAUUAUACAUCUUAAAAUCAUACAUUCAAGCAUUGUAAAUCUCAGCAAGUUUAGUAAAUAAAGAAUAACUUUAUAAAGUCUGUGAAUACCACAGGCGAGGAAGACAGUGAUACAAUAGACAAUGAUCCUUUUUAGAAAGAGCCUUUUGCUAUUGCCAAGUCUUAAUAUUCAUUCACAGAUCAUCCAAAUACAUUUGAUAGUAGAGAAGAAUUCAAAAGUAUGCCAUUCGAUUUUACCAUUAAGGAUAAGUAUAACUAUGUCAAAAACAAAUUGUCCAUGGUCUUAAUAGAUAAAAACCAAAUAGAGCAAUAGCUAAUUAACGCUAAAAUGCAAUGGGCUACCCUUGAUCUUUAGAGAGAUAACCUAACAAUAAAGCUAAAGUAAAGCAAUGAAAGAUAUGAAAAUUUAUAAGUGCAAAUGAAUGGACUUUAAGAUGAAUUGGUCAGAACAAAGCAAGAGUUGGGUGAAGCUAUGAAUUCAGCUUACGAGUAUGAGAAACAAAACAGCAACCUACUAAAUCAGUAUGAAAAUAGAAAUAGCACAGCAAGUGCAGGAGGAAGCACUGCAAAAAACGAAAAGAAAUCCAAAACUAGCAAGAUCAAGAGUCUUUUUAAGAUGAGCAAAUGA